AUGAAGACCUUCCAACAACUGACUCGCCGGAAGGCCCUCGCUGGCCUCGCGACUCCCCGUUUGACAUCACACAGUUUCGCGGUUCACCGGUCAUGGCAAAGAAAUUUCGGCGUCACGACUGCGGUCGCCUCGCAGCAGCUCGCUGAUUUGGAUGUCUCGAAAUUAUCUGUGACCAAGACCACGACGCCCAAGGAGUUGACCCCUAACAAGGACUUGGUGUUUGGCAAAACCUUCACUGAUCAUAUGCUCACCGUCGAAUGGACCGCUACCGACGGCUGGCAUUCGCCGCAGAUCAUUCCCUACCAGAACCUCAGCCUGGAUCCCUCCACAUGUGUCUUCCACUAUGCAUUUGAAUGUUUCGAGGGAAUGAAGGCAUACAAGGAUAAAAAUGGCGGGAUUCGACUCUUCCGUCCCAACAAGAACAUGGAGCGCUUGAACAAGUCGUCAGCCCGCAUUGCUCUUCCUACCUUCGAUGGAGAGGCUUUGACACGUCUUAUUGGAGAAUUCGUCAAGUUGGACGAACGCUUCAUUCCAGAUGCUCGUGGCUACUCGCUUUACCUUCGACCCACCAUGAUUGGUACUCAGAAGACAUUGGGUGUCGGACCUCCCGGGUCCGCCAUGCUCUUUGUCAUUGCCAGUCCCGUGGGGCCCUACUACCCUACCGGCUUCAAGGCCAUCUCUCUGGAAGCCACCGACUACGCCGUCCGGGCCUGGCCCGGCGGUGUGGGCGACAAAAAGCUCGGUGCCAACUACGCUCCUUGCAUCUUGCCCCAGCUUCAGGCCGCCUCGCGGGGCUUCCAGCAGAACUUGUGGCUUUUCGGUGAGGAGGAGUACGUGACCGAGGUCGGCACCAUGAACCUCUUCCUGGCCAUCAAGAACAAGGAAACCGGUCAGAAGGAGCUCAUCACCGCUCCUUUGGACGGCACUAUCCUGGAGGGUGUCACUCGUGACUCCGUCCUUGCUCUCGCCCGCGAGCGCCUCGCUCCUCAGGGCUGGGAGAUCUCCGAGCGCAAGAUCCGUAUGGCCGAUGUUGCACAGGCUGCUCAAGAGGGCCGCCUCAUUGAGGUCUUCGGCGCCGGUACCGCAGCCAUUGUCAGCCCGGUUCGCAACAUCAGCUACCGCGGCCAGAUGGUCGACUGCGGUCUGAAGCAGGAUGAGGAGGCCGGUGAGAUUGCCCUCCAGAUGAAGAGCUGGAUCGAGGCUAUUCAGUACGGUGAUGAGCAGCACGCUUGGAGCAUCAAAAUCUAA